CACUUGGUGGUUGGCUAAUGAUGUAAACGCGUUGACACUCGAACAGUCGCUUAAAAAUGUUAACGCACCAAAACAGGAUAGUUUUCUUUAUAUGGAUCAGCAGCAUCCACUUCUUCAAGGAUGGAGACGCCAUCACUGGGCAACGUUUAUACAAAUACACGGAAGAUCCAUUAGUGGAACACGUCGUGCUUUAUCCGUGGCUGAAUCCAGUGUAUGAGACAAGCUAUCAACCGCCCAGCUUGAGAGAUGAUUAUGGUGAAGCACGACCACAUGCAGAUCGCAGUCGUCUGUUUUGGACGAGGUUAUUGAACGGCUUCAGAAAAGGCAAGCCGUAUACGAUGAAUCCGGCAACGAACGGCCAAACACUCGGUGGAGUUACAACAGGAAUAGAACUGGCAAACAACUUUGCAGCUGCGCUUGGAGAAGAGGGAAUGAAACGAUUGGCUGCACUGGUUGCAGCAUAUUUAUCACCAGGCCCAGCAGGACCUCCUGGAUCUAGCUGGCAAUUCGUGCCCAACGUGCAGCUGCGCCCGAAUGGCGAAAAGGGCGAUAAUGGCCAACUGGGCGGGUCUUUUCCAACACUGCCUGAUAUCAGUCAAUGGCUAAAAGGCGAAAAAGGAGAGAAGGGUGAGAGAGGUGAUUGCGGCUGUAACGAAGUACCAACUACACUGGGUCCGACAACAACGAUAGACACUACGGUUAUUACAACAUCAGAAGGAACCACAGGCUGGCCAAGUACGAGCACAGAGGGACCAACAGACUGGCCAACUACGAGCACAGAAAGCCCAACGGAAUGGCCAACUACGAGCACAGAGGGACCAGUUGUGACCACAGACGAAACAACUACACUAACAACAGCGUUCACCACAGACGUUCAAACCACGCCAGAUGCAACAACAACAACUAGCCCAGUUGUAACAACAGAGGAGUCGUUUGGAACAAUAGUAGAAUCAACAACACUCGAGGUAACCACGCCGACAGAUGGUCCUACUACACCGACAGAUUCAAUUACAGAAGAGCUAACGACCACCAUUACUGAACCAACAACAAACGGGUUAUCCACUGAAGUAUCAACUACGUCGACAGACGAACCAGCAACAAUCACAGACAGUCCAACAACGCCGACCGGUGCGCCAAUCACGACCACAGAGGGCCAAACAACAACCAUCGAUGAAGUAACUCGACCGACUGACGAGCAAACACCAGAAGUAACGACAAACAUACCAACGACCACCAUCGUCUGGCCGACCAUAUCAACGGAUUUUUCAGUUUCUACGACGGACACGACAGAAAUCCUGACGACGAGGGAAGGACAAACAACGACAAACGAGGUUACCACAAUCCCGACGACGACGAGCUAUCCGCCUGUUACAGAACCAAUUGUCGCUGAUUGCCGAGAGUCAAUCCAUCACCGGAAUGCCACCUGGCAAUCGCCUGACUCGUUCGAUCCCGAACAGACAUCCAAUGCUUGCGUCUUGUCCAUCCAAUUGAAUUCGGCUGAAGACACUGACGUUCAAGGCGAAACCAUCUGCCAAAUACGACUCGAUUUCCGAGAAUUCUCUAUCGCUCAACCGAACAGACAGAGUAAAUGUGCUACCGAUAGUUUCAGGGUCUUUAAUGCCGAGAAUAAAGUACCCACACUUUGCGGAGAAAAUUCUGGCCAACAUUUAUACGUGACGCCAAGAUCUGGAACAAACGGAGUCCAACUCGGAUUCAAAUUUGGCCCGUCUCCGAUUUCACGGUUAUGGAAGAUUGAUAUCAUUCUGAUACCUUGCUGCGCAAAUCACAUGCUUCCUCCAAACGAUUGCCUGCAAUAUUUCAAUGAUUUCGGAGGUAUCGUCAAAUCGUUUAACUGGAUGGAUUCAACUCACGUUAAGAGACCUUUGAACCACCCCAGGCAAUUGGCCAAUCAACAAUACAACAUUUGUUUCAAAGCGAAUUCGUUAGCUAAAUCUAUUUGCUACACUCCUUGUCCUUCGGCUGGAUUGGCGUUCAGUGUUAGCCAAAAUGCUGGACAGGGUCCAUUCCGGGCCGGCGUUGGUGUAACCCAUUGCAAAGAAGAUUUCUUACUCAUCGCCAACGGGUACGACCGGUUCGACCGGAGUAAAAGGAACGACAGAUUCUGUGGCACAAUAUUCAAUCCGGAUGGAAACGUGACAGUCAGCCAGAGCGCUCUGAUUGCAUCCGCUUCAACCACCAUUUGUUCCGACAUCAAACCGUUUCAAAUCCAUUACACGACCAAUGGAAAUGAAUUGCCGGACGAUGUGGCCAACAACGGAUUCUGUUUGCAAUACGAACAAGAAUAUUUGACCAAGCAUCAAAUUUUAUCAUUGGAUCACGACUUACCUGAGGAUAAGUAAAAUUUGAGAUUUAUCGAUACUCCGAUUACGAAUUUAAGAAAGAGAAUAAUUGCAUAGCGGAA